AUGAAGCUCUUCGCCAGCCUCCUCCUCCCAACCCUGGGACUGUCCGCCUCACUUAACAAACGCCAGGACACCUGGGGCGGCAGUGUCUCCCUCGGACCCAGCAAAUCAACCAUAACCAACGCCGUGACAACUCUCAUCCCUGGCCCAGCGCCCGAGACCCAAAACGGCGUCCUCUUCCUCUGGCCCGGCAUGAGCAACGGCACCGGCGACCUCAUCCAGGCGACCCUGGAAAGCUGGGAGAGCAACGACUGGUGCGGUGCGAAGGCCACCGAGUGGUGCGUUCGCGCCAGUGUAUUCGGCAGCUUUGGGCAGCUGGACGGUGAACCUGGUGUGGCUGCUGGCGAUGACCAGGUCAAGAUCGAGUAUACGCUGCAGGACGAUAAUGAUACGUGGAAGCAGACUGUGACGAAUGCGCAAACCGGCGAUGUCCUUUCGACGUUCUCUCAUGCCUCUGGGCCUUACAUGACUGGAUACGGGACCGGAACCGAAUGCAACGAAGGCUGCACCGGUACCUCCUCCGAUCAGAAGUACAUCAACACCAAGAUCACCCUCGCCGAGGCCGACACCACCUUUGGAGACACCAUUUCCUCCGCCGGUGGUGGCACGUACGAGGGGUUGUCAUCGAGCGAGGGCGGAAAGGUGUGGAGGAUUGAGAGUAUCACUCUGCCUGCCAUGGUUUGA